AUGUUCUCGCGAGCACUGGCGAUAGUCAUCGCCCUGUUGUUUCAACAUGGCUUUUGUGAACCAAACGGGCGAAUGGACAGUACAGCCGUUAAGCCGAACAGAGUUGGUGUGGGCUCCUCUAUCGGGGGGUUGGACGAUGGGCGUGCAACGGUCAGCAAGGAAGAUGCGCUGCUGCCAUCGGGCAGUUUUCUUAGCUCAACAAUGCGUCCGGUGACAACGGACACUCCUCUUCGAAGGCAGAACUCCAAAUGUGCCUGGAAUUGGGAGCAAAUAUUGCGAAGAUUACGGCUUCUUCAAAUAACACCGACGUCUGUCUCGAAAUCUCUUGGUGAGUCAACGCAGCUGUCGGGCAACGCCUCGCGAAACACGACAGCGGAUGGGCGAAAGCGAAACAGUUCGGUCGACAUUGGAGGAUUCAACCUGAGUGCCAUUAAGGUUAAACUUAGUAGCAUUCCGAUGAAGGAUAUGAUUCCUUUCGAAAGCUCGCUGAUCAGUACCAUCAUGAUGACGAUAUUCAUAUUCUUGUUCGCGUGGUCACUUAGCGUGUUCUGUGGGAAGGAUCGACCGGUCGAGUCGGAUCUUCGAGCGGAAUACAGGUGUCAUUCCGAUGAGAAUAACUGUUUGCUGUUUCAGGGCCUGACCGAACCGAGAGAUGAUCGUAAAUUAUUGAACAUCACAUGA